AUGGAGGUCAACAACAACAACAACAACAUUAAUAGCAACGAGGAUAGGAUAUCGAUGAACCUAGCAUUCAACAGGUUUAAACCUAUAUGUGAUGAAUUACUGUCAAUAUUGUCAAACAGCAGCAGCAACAACAACAACGCCAUUAGUACUCAACAAACUAUAUUGACCAGAUUGACAACAUCACUAAACUCACUGAAUGAUCGUAUUAAGAGUAGUGAACCUAAUCAGUUGACCAAGUUAGUGGACUAUAUCAAUAUACCAAUAGUGUUAUUGUUAACACCCGACAUGCUUCCGACACCACCGAUUCAACAGUGUGUUGCUCGUGAUACCAUUCAAUGUCUUGCUUUACAGACUGUAGCUCAACUCGCUCAAAGACUCACUGGUCAUUCAUACCCAACAACUCGACAGUUCACUGAGAUCGUACAGUUGAUCAGCUCUAUCAUUUACAGGUCGACACAACCACAACAACAACAACAAAGUGAUAACAGCACCACUACUUCUAAACAACAAUUGUACAUGAUCUCUGAUGAGCAAUUGACAUGGUCAUUAACAGCAUUACAGGCACUCUUCCAAUGGUGGUCACCAGUGUCGACAUCAUCACCAUCAGACAACCUAUACAGUAGUAUUGAACAACAACCUUCACCUGAUAGUAUCACUCUUCAAAGUCCAUUGUUUAUCUCUAUUGGCUUCACAAUCUCCACAUUGCUUGGCAUUCUGGCAUCCAACUCAAUCACUAGGAACAUCAAACUAUCAUGUCUGAAGACCUUGUCGAUUGUUCUUUAUCCUCUAAUCCAGAACAAAGAGCGAGUGGUCGUUCAACACAUAUUCCCUGGCACACUCACGUCAAUGUUCAAAACUGUCACUGCUGAUUAUAAGGUGGGCACCAACGUAAAGGUUGAGGCACUUGGAAUAUUCACCAAUCUGAUCAUAGCUGUACAUGGUGACAACAACAGUGAUGGAGAUAAUGGGGUCAUUGAACAAUUUCUUGCACCAGAAUACAGCGAUUCUAGUAGUGCAAUUAUCCAGAAUAACAAACAAUCACCAGAGACAUCACAAGCAGAGUCCAAUAUCCAUCGCUUCAUCUGCUCAAUAUUUCCCAACUCUGGCAGUCAUUCAAAUCUUCUACCAACAACAACAACAGCAGCGUCAAAAAACCGCUCGUCACACCAUACACCACAGUCCUCAGUCAAGAUUAGUAUGCACUUCUGUAUACUGGAUAGUACCUACAGGCUACUUCAACACUGUAGCAACACACUACCAACCAUUGUACCACCAUUGAUUGAGACAUUAGUACUGUACACACUUGAUGACAAUGAACAACUCAGCAGCAAAUCAAAGGAUUACCUUUCAAGAUUGAUGCAACAUCAGUCUAGAGUUGGUGGCUCAAUCCACGAGACACUACAGAACAACUUUAAAUAUUUGUUUCAGUCACUCCCACGUCUGAUAUGUGGUGGAGGUGAAUCAGUACAACAUCAGCAGAGCUUCGAUGUUGAGGUGAAGGAGAUGGUGACACAACUGGCCGUAUCAUAUGUCAAAGUCAUACCAGAGAGUAUAAUCGAUCAUUAUAUAACAGUACGAAUAGAUGUCAUUUCCUCAACUCUUUUGCAACUGGUUGAAAUGCACUCACCUCAACCCGACCAACGGAUCAUCUCUGGAUCUCAAUCCAGUUUGGAGGAUACACUCCGAAUUGUAUCUGAUAAUCCUAUGGAGAGGUUAAAGACAACAUCAAAAUCAAAGAGAGUAAUGCAGAGAAACAAUAUGUCACGACCAUAUUUACACAUCACCAGUGCCAAGUUGGAGAAAUGGACAUUCGAUCUCAUUAGAGAACUUGGAUCAAGGAUCAGCUUAGAUAACUGGAUCAAUGUGCUAAUGUCGGACUCACUCACUGGAUCACCACGUAUCAAAGAGAUACUUCUCACGAUCAAUCAGAUACUGAUUGGUGUAUCACUGUACACCCAUAGACACAAUGUGGAUCACUCUACAAUCACCUACAUCUUGGACGAAUAUCUGGAUAACAAUCUCUUGAGUCUUCCAUCAACACCACCAUCAUACAAUGAUGAUACUGAUCCGUCAUCAUCAUUGUUGAAACAUUCCUCCAAAUCAUCACAUGUUGAGCAAUACCUUGACAAUACAAUCAUCAAAACUCUUGUAGUUGAUGGUUUGGCUGUCAUUUGCUCAUUUGUACAACACCGUACUAGGGUUAUAUACCCACUUUUGGAGACCUUGGGUUCUUCCUCACACGACAGCACUGGACUAUUGGGUCGAUCAUGUAGCACAACACUCACUACACUCACGACAAAGUUCAAUUAUGAUUCAUUGGAAGAUAUCGUAUACAAGAACUCUGAUUACCUAUUGGACCGUGUUGAGAACAACAUGAGGUAUCUAAAUGAGAAUCCAAACACACCAAAUGUAUUCAAAGGAAUACUGAGUAUUACUGGUCUUGGAUUCCUUCCAUUCUUGAAGGACACAGUCGAGAUGAUAUUGAUGGCUUUGGACACUGCGACCGAGCAAUCAAAGAGCAUCACUAUCUUUAUUAAGAUCCUGUACAAUAUCAUCAAGGUGUUGUAUAACAACUCGAGGUUGGAGAUCAAAUACAACUCUCAAGCACUACAGCAGCAGGGUAUCAAUACCCCUGCUGCUUCUACUGCUGCUGUUUGUGGUAGUGGCCCAUUUGAUGAGAGUUCCUCCCCAGUUGAACCGAAUGCAAGCAUUGACAACAUCAAAUCAUUUUUUAUUGGUCACCACAAGCAGAAGGAGAUCAAUGAACAGACACACAACUAUGGUGGUCAACACAUGCAACAGCAGCAACAUCAGAAACAACAAUCUAUGGUGAAUGGUGAUUCAAAGUUUCUAGUGACAACAGAGAAGCAGAGAGAGUUGCUCAGUGACAUCAUUCACAAAUGUAAACACUUCAUUGGCUCAAGCAACAGGGAGAUCAAGAUGACUGUACUGGAGAUUGUGGAAAUGGGACUUUGGAUCGUAUCGACUGGAAAUAGGAAAUAUGGUGGUGAUGAGGAAGAAGAAGAGAAGACUGAUGAGAGCAUACAACCUUCAAGCAAGGUGCAGAGUGCAACAAACGAGUGA